AUGGUUCACAACGGCAAUGGACAAGGAUAUCAGGUCGAGUGUUCGAUACGACAAAAUACAUCUUCUAAGAUUUGGAAGGACUUAAAAGAACGAUUCGGUAAAGAAAGUGCACCUCGCGCCUAUGAAUUGAAACAAUUGCUCUCUUGUACGCAUCAGAAUGGGGGCUCUGUUUCAUCUUAUUACACCAAGCUCCGCAGUAUAUGGGACGAAAUACGUUCGGUUUUUCCAAUCCCACAAUGCACAUGUGGGAAUUGUUCAUGCGAUAUUGGAAAGAGGUUGAAUGAUUUCAAAGAAAAGGAACAGUUGUACGAGUUUCUGAUGGGAUUAGACGCUGAUUUUUCGACCAUAAGAACCCAUGUUCUUUCAAUGAAAACGACACCCACUCUUGGAGAGGCUUAUCAUCUUGCCUCCGAAAAAGAACAACAAAAAUCCAUUACAUUAAGUAAACGGGCUGGUGUGGAGCCAGCUACUUUCAAGACAUAA